GGACCUUGCUGCAUUCUUCUUGCAUUAUUCCACUCUCAAAACUUUGCCUGCUCUUUGCUUUGCCAUGUUUUUUGACUUGCGAAUUGUAUGUUUUCGCGUAUGUUUUUUGGUCGUCUUCAGGACAGUGGUCGAGGAAAGUUCCAAGAUGCUGGUCCAGCCCUCCAUCAGGCGCGGCAGCAUCUGAAUCGACACCGAAAGCAAAUCAAUUUCUGGAACCACCAUCCACUUCUACUCCAGACUCCUGCAUGGACAUACAUUAUCUCGGGCGUCUUAAGGUUGUACCUUCGUACCAUCGUCGAGCAUGAGAUCUCGAUCAUCACGUGGGAAAUUCUCCCUCUGGCAUGAAAUAAGGUCUUAAUGCCUUGAUGACAGCAACAGCCCAACUUCAUCAAGGUGCAACUCGUGCUGCCAACCGACGCACCCUCUUCUCCCCCGGAUAUGCUGAUCCAGAUUCCGAAUAGCUACCUGCCCCUCAAAAAACGGCUUUGGUCACUUGCAUAUCCGUCUGCUGUCCAACGACCGGCUCAUCUGUCCUCCCUCCGCCUGGAGAUUUGGUACGACUUCAUUUUUUGGGCAGCAAUGCUCUAUCGAUGCGCUGGACGGGCAAGGCUAGUUACUUAGGGACAACCACGAGUCUGAAAAUACGACUUGGCUUGCUCUCCAGCUGCCACGCACUCCAGUAUAUCGCAUCCUUUGGGGUAUGUUGCCGCUUGUAUUAUUAGAUCUGUGUAUCAUAAGUACCUCUUUACACUUACUGACACGGGAUGCUUCCUUGGAUUCCUUUUGGGCUUUGGUCUUCGGGCCACCUGAAGCUCUCGUGAGUAUCCGAGUCGGGCAUCAUGGGAAUCCGAGAGACUCGGAAGAAGCCACCUGUUUGCCAAUUACCAGGCUUUCUUUUCCUUGACGUUGGCUGGAUAUCAGAAGCUGGAACAUCAGUCCACCUUAGCAAACACUUGUUUGUAUGUCAAAAUAACUGUCAUUUCUGCGUCGGGGCCGGAUUUACGGUUCCGAACAGAGCCCUGCUCAAAUUAUUACCGUCUUCCUCUCUGCAAAAUUUGUUCCGUUCUGUCGGGUCCAUCGAUAUGUUUGCUUCCAUUGCCAAGACGGUGAGGCAUCCUGGGGAUCACGAUGUUGUUCCAGCGUCCAGCUUCAGGAGAAAGACGCAGGUCGCAGGGCUGGGAAGUGACCUCAUACGGUGGAUUUUACGCCCACCAAGGAUUUCUCUGCGUUUCCAGGAAGCAGUCGCUCGAAUCAAGGAGCUUCUAGGCAAGUUGCUCAUGGUUCGUCGAAUAAAAGUAGCCUCCCGCUACUGCGGUGUAGCUUCAUCGGACGUCGAGGACCAGAUGGUCGCAGUUUGCCAGAUUCGGGUUCAACCUAUCAUGUUGCGCAAUGUGAGAUUUGAUCAGCGGUCAGGAUUUCGUCGUUGGAUCCAGAUGCUGGCUAGCGCUACAGUUGAGUUUUGGAGACGCCAGGGAUCUACAAUCGAUUUUUUUGAUUCUUCCAGAAAAGCAACGACACAGGAACCGUGGGCGGGAGAAAUCUGGUCUUAAAGGACCUACUCUCGGGAGGGCAAUACCAUUAUCCAUUCCAUAAAAUCUCACCAUCAGGAUCCCCCCAAUUUUCUAACUAACCCUAGCAAGAAAGCACCGUGCUGUGCAGAAUUGAGCGUAGUCUAGGUAGUCUUGGACCAGGUAUUGGUAUCUCUUCCUCUUCCCCGUGCUACUUGCAUCUACCUGCAGCCGACUGGACCAAGAAUCUUAUUGGUCUUAUUGGGCUCGUUAUUGCAAACGUCUACAUCCACUUUCCCUAUCGAUUCUUCCCCAGAUGCCCCUCCAUGAUACCUUGCUCCCUAUCCCCACCUGCCCAACUUACUUCAACCCUCCUUUUUCCCAUUUUCCCAAUACCCCCAUGCCUUAUGACGACGGCUAACUGUAACAGGCUGGUUGAGUCUGCAGCGUUGGCGUGUCUCAAGCCCCUAUAUUGCUUUUUGUUACUGUUGCCGGAGUUAGUUGGUAUUGUAGUACAUGGGUUGUGGUCUCCCCUCGCUGGAGACAGCACACACGCCCCCCGACAUUAUUUUUUCGGGUGAUCGACGUUACUUCUUUGAAAUGCAUAUCUCCAUCUGCUUAGACGCAUCAUGCCGAAACAGUCUUAAGUCUAGCUGCCUGCCGUGUUGCAUGGAAAGAUGCAAGUUUUGCUCUUCCCCUCCUGAUAGCCUGCCUGCCACCUCACUCUCCUUCCUUUCCCAAACUAUUUUCUCCAAAGACCCCGAUAUCUAUCUAUAAGAACUCCAUCAAGGAACCACUUUCUGCAAAGCAUAACACUCUUCUCGGUACUCAGUUCCCCACAAUCCCUCCUCCACAAACACUUGGUAUACAUCAGUCCACUUGGAAUUGCAGCUUUGACCACUCAGCAAAAAUGGGAUACCCAAACAACAGUUAUAAGACUCAGACAUGGCAAGAAAAGCUUAUAGGUAAAUUCAAAUGGCCCGGGUUAAUUGCAUCGCUAACUAAAAGCUAGAACGAUGCCGCGAGACUCAAUGCCCCCUUCCGGUUUUCCAAAUUGUCUCGGAUAGACGAGGUGUGUAUGAACUUUUGCUGUGAACUUCAGCAUACUGAUCGUAGCACAGGCGGACGAACUGCUUGGUCUAGCACGGUCACGGUUCAAGGACAGGAGAUUUCAGCACGGUACUGGUAUGAUGGAGAAUAUGUGAACAACGCCAAAGAAGAUGCGGCCGAGGUGGCCUUGCAAAAGAUGCAAAAGUCAUCGCCCACUUCGCCAUCCGGUAGUGGUUCGAGAUGGUAGAAAACUAGCAUCAGAAAUACACGGGAGCAUUCUUUCACGGCCAGAAGAAAUGCACAGAUCAAGCUGGCCUGUAGGAUAUUUUGGCAAUGGAUAGAAGGGAAUCACCAAGGCAAGGGCUGCAUCAGUUGGCGCAAAUUGACCUUGAUUUUCAGACGGCGUCAGGUUUUGCUAUCAAAUGGUUAUCACAGGACAACGAAGGGUGUUGGAGUUGAAAUAACUACAGAUACAGGAUUUUUCUUUGGGACUGGGAUUCACGGGAAAAAUCGCAAUUUAUUGUUGGAAAAAGAAACGAAGUGCAGUAUUUUCUUUUUAGAAGGCCGUCCCUAUUGGCUAGGUAUGGGUUAGCUUAGAGAUAAAUAUUUACUGUCGUUGAUCCGAUUCCUGUUGGAUUCCCGCGUUUCUUAUCU